AUGUUUAGCAAACUCAGAGUACCCUGGACGAAAGGUAGCUCUUUUAUGCAGUUUAUUGCCAAACAAAGAACCGUGAAAUUUACUACUUCUUUUUGGAGGAUAUACAGGUGUGUUCUUCCACCGACGAUGAUUGAACUACUGAGUGUUGUAGUAUUGGCAGUUUAUGCCCUUCCCUUUUUUCUAUCCUGUACGUUAGGGGCCGUUUUACCUUUCACUCCACAACAAAGUGUUUUAUCCACAGUAGAACGUGAAACUGAUAAACUUAGAGAUUUAGACAUUGGACAAUUGAAUUUUUUACACACCACGGACACUCACGGUUGGUUAGGCUCUCAUUUAAACCAGGACAAUUAUAAUGCCAAAUGGGGAGAUCUCAUUUCAUUUAUUGAUAAGUUCAAGCGAAAUGUAGUUCGUGACAACGAUCUCUUGAUAAUCGAUACAGGCGACAAGCACGAUGGAAAUGGGUUCAGUGAUGCGACCCAGCCAAAUGGAUUGAACUCUACUCAGAUAUUUAAUGAACUGGAUUAUGAUUUAUUGACGUUGGGAAACCAUGAAUUAUACGUUGAGGACAAUACUGUUUUGGAAUAUUACGAAACAGUUAUGAAUCCCAAAUUCAGCAAUAAAUAUGUUUCGAGCAAUGUGGAAUUCAUCAAAGAAGAUGGAUCAGUUGUGCCAUUUGGCUCUAAGUAUCGUUACUUUAAAACAGAGAAACACGGUUUAAGAGUCUUGGCAUUAUCCUUUCUAUUCGACUUCAAGAGGUAUAACAAAAGAGCCCAAGUAACACCGGUUUCCAAAGAAAUUAAAAAACCUUGGUUCAAUGAAGUUACUGGAAACUACUCCAGGGAAGAGGUUGACAUUUUAUUGGUUUUUGGGCAUAUGCCUAUUAGUGACCCAGAAAAUCGCGAGAUCAACCAUCUACAUGCAAAGUUAAGGCAUAUUUAUCCGAACACUGUCAUCCAAUACUUCGGUGCUCACACUCAUAUCCGCGAUUUUGUAGAAUUAGACAACAAGGCGUCUGCUCUUCAAAGUGGAAGAUUCUGUGAGACUGUAGGAUUUGCAUCAAUUGACGACAUUACGAAGGAAUCCCCUGUUGUGUCAAGAAAAUACAUUGACUUCAACUUAGAUUCUUUCUUGCAUCAUUCAAAGAGCAGGAACACCAAGGAAUUUGACACCGAAAAGGGCGUCGAAGUCAAUCAGCGUUUAGAUCGUUUAAGAGAAUAUUUGAACUUAACUACCAAAUAUGGUGAUGUACCUUCCACUUAUUACAUGUACAAUAAACCCCUCUCCUCACCGCACAAUAUUUAUCAUCUUUUAACCGAAAAAGUGCUACCUAGAUUAGCGCCUGAAAAUUCAGAUGCCAACGAAUCGUUAACCUCCCGAAUAAUAAUGAUAAAUACUGGUGCAAUCAGGUACGACUUAUAUAAAGGCCCUUUCACAGCUGACACUGAGUAUACUAUUUCACCCUUCUCAAAUUCAUGGAACUAUAUUCAAUUACCUGCGAGGUUAGCGAUACAAGUCGAAUCAUAUUUAAAUGGCCUGGGUCCGAUUCUGACGUUGAACGCCGUGGGUAAAGAACAUCGCCAAUGUCCAUUUGUUGAUGAUAAAACACUCUCCAAAGGAUAUACCACAUCCGACGAUCUUGGAUGUGAAGGCGACGACACAGCACACCGCAGUGAACAUCAAUACAGGAUUCCUAACGUUGUACAGUCCGUUGAUAUUGUUGAUGAAGAUGAAGAUAAAGUUGAUUUCGUGUAUGUUAGUUUUAUCCAGCCCUUCGUUUUGCAAGCCUUGAACGACUUAAAUGAAGAUCAAAACAUCGUGAACCACUCAUUCAAUGAGUCGGACUGUAGAAUUUAUGGUGUUACAUCAAUAAAGGAUCUUCUUCGUGGAUAUAUCAUCUCACUAAACCAGUCAUAA